UCUCGACCCGUGACGCGCGCGGCGCACCGGGCGGCGCCGCUUUAGUUGUUCGCCAUCGUGUCUCAGCAGCGCCGCGCAGCAUCGUCUUGUGCCGACACCUGGGCUCACAACUGCUUCAAAAUAAAGUCAUGGCUGACGACGAGGUGACCCCAGAGCAGCUAGCUGCCAUGGCAGCUGAAAACGAGGACUGCACUGAGCAAGUCAACUACAAGGCUCCUGCGAAGAAGAGCGUGCAAGAGAUCCAUGAGUUGGACAAGGACGACGAGAGCCUCCGCAAAUAUAAGGAAACAUUGCUGGGCCGCAAUGACUUUGAAAUUGACCCCAACGCUCCGAUGGUCCAGGUCACCCAGAUGUCUCUCAUUUGUGAAACCGCCCCAAAUCCCCUGGUGCUGGACCUCACAGGUGACUUGGAAGGCUUCAAGUCGCAGGCUUUUGUGCUGAAGGAGGGUGUGGAGUACAAGAUCAAGAUCAGCUUCAAGGUGAACCGGGAGAUCGUGUCUGGACUGAAGUACGUGCAGCAGACCUACAGGAAAGGCAUGAGGAUUGACAAGUCCGAGUACAUGGUGGGCAGCUACUGCGCCCGUGCCGACGAGUACGACUUCCUGACCACUGCCGAGGAGGCGCCCACGGGUCUCCUUGCUCGAGGGAACUACGUCAUCAAAUCCAAGUUCACCGACGACGACAAGCACGACCACCUGACCUGGGAGUGGAACCUGAACAUCAAAAAAGACUGGACAGAAUAGAGGAGCUCUGCAGCGCCCCCUCCCUGCACACCAUGUCUGCCUUCUUGGUUUCUUCCGUCUCCUGCUCCCGUCUCCACGCCGUCUUCUCAGCUCCGUCAGCAGCAGCAGCAGCUCCUCCUGAGCCGCUGCAAGAGCUCCGCCCUCCACACAGUGUCUUCCUGUCCUGCUCUCAAGCAACUGUACAAUCAGCUUUUUUUUUAUCUGGAUUGUCCUCUGAGCGUGUGAGCCCUCACCGCGGCCCUCGUCCAUCUCUCUCUCUCUCUCUGUAGCGUAGCCCGGUCGCUCCUUCCUGAGUGGCUCCAUGUUGUCGCCCCCCACCCGCCCUCAAGCUUAGUUGAGCAUGAGCUCUGGAGGGAGGCGACACCUGGUGGUCCUGGUGGACCGCAGCAGAGGAGAGCUGGGCUGAAGCUGCCGCCGCCGCCGCCUUCAUCUGCUGACUAGUCUGUCGCCGUCCUGUAGCCCUGUUGAUGCGACGACCACACACACACACACACACAGGAGCCUUUUGUUGUGAGUUUCCAUGAUGAAUGUUCAAACAGCCCAAACUGAAAAGAACGAGGCCUUAAAACAAACGAUGGUCGAUGGCAGGAAUUGUAUCUGUUGUAUUGUCAUGUUUGUUCCUCGCCUUCCCCCUUCGCCCUCCUCCGGUUCCCACGUGGAGGGGUCCGGACCUGGACUCACCUGGACCUUCCAUAUCAGCCUCCCUCCGAGCCAGUCUGCAGGGCCCGGCUGCACGUCCUCUGAAGUCAGCUGGAUGGAUGUGUCCACCCCCCCCCUCACAUUGUACAGGUCAUGUGACAGGGCUGGCUUGCUGGUUGGUUGUGUCAUGUCAUUCGUGAUUGCUCUUCUGUCUUAAAAGACUUUUGCUCA